AUGCCGCCGCCACCUCCGGUGUCGACGCUGCCGCCGCCAACACUACCUACGACGCAGCAUCCCAAAUCAUCGGAAACAUAUGUCAUCCCUCCAACUUAUACUGUAUCUCCAUUGCCACUGUUGUUGCCACCACCACUGCCACUCUCGUCAGAUAUGUUAGACCUGCACCAGCCAGCAGUGCCAGGAGCUCCUGCUGUUGCUGCUCCAUUGCUGCCACUGUCGUCAUUUCAUCUAGAAGCAACGGCCACAGCUACUCCAACCACAAACGGACCAGCACCAAUAACACAUGCAACAGCUGUGGUCACACCAACCACAUCUGUAUGA